ACACACACAGAUGUGUGUUAUGUGUUUUCCUCUCAAAUAUUUGUGUUACGUUUAGAUUAAAACUUUCAUUUCUAUAGCUUGAAUUCUGACAGUAAACAAAUAUUUAAUUUGGUCGAAAAUGGCUGAAAAUCCAAACAAAGACAGAAAAAUAAAUCCCGAAAACAGAUCGCCUGAAGUUCAAGUUAAUCCCAAUGUUGAAUUAUUAGUACCAGAGGGAAAGACCUCCUUCAUAAUCUAUCUUCUUUCAGCACUAGCCCAGUCGUCGGUUUUGUGUGUCGGAUAUGAUUUGGGGGCAUCUUCAGGGGCUGUACUUCUCGUUAAAGAUGCCAUGCAUCUUUCAACCGCUUGGCAACAGUUAAUUAUGGCUGGACCUUUACCUGUGGCUGUCAUUAUUUCCAUUAUUGCCACCAAAAUCAGCGACAAAUUUGGCCGAAGAAAAACAAUUAUGGCGAGCAGUGUUUCGUAUAUUAUUGGAUCUAUUAUUUCCGGGAGUGCAGUCAACAAUACAUGCUUCUAUGUGGACGAUUUAUUGUGGGUUUCGGAUUCGGUUUCACUGGAGCCUCAACUGCGGUCUACAUUGCUGAAUGCGCACCAGUUAGAAUGAGGGGUAAAUUAAUUGGACUCAGUCAACCUUUUCUGACCAUAGGGAUUUUAUCUGCCACAAUUUUUGCUGGUGUGUUCAGCUACGACACCAUUAAUGGCUGGAGGUAUAUGUGGGCUUUCCAAGGAAUAUGGUCUGUGAUCCAAUUCACCGGAUUACUCUUCAUGCCAGAAUCUCCAAGAUGGUUGAUACAGAAAUCUCAGUUCGGUGAAGGUAAAAUAGCUUUGGCCAAACUACGUCAUGGCUCCAACGUUGAAGAAGAAUUUAACGAAAUCAAGAAAAAUUGUGAAGAAGACAUGAAAAAUAGUGAAAAUUUAGGAUCAUUCCAAACCUUUGUGAAGAUGAUGCAGACCCAACCAGUCAGGCGAGCUUUAUUAGUUGGUUGUGGUAUUCAACUGUUCGCUCAGUUUUCUGGGGCCAAUACCAUUAUUUAUUACAGUGGAAUCAUUAUUAAAAUGGCCGGAGUAGGAGAUGUGAGCACUGCUAUCUGGAACUCUGUUAUCAUCAACUGUAUUAACCUGUUGUUUGCUAUUAUUGGAGUGUGGCUUGUUGAUUUGGUUGGUCGACGGAAGUUAGCCAUAUCUGGACUAAUUGGUCUUGCGUUCAGUACCUGCUGUUUAGCUACAACCUUUCUGAUGGCCAUAAAGCACACACCUGCCGUCACAUACAACUCAGGGCAAUAUAACAGCUCAUGUAUGACACACAGCUUAUGCAGUGACUGUGUACAUGAUCCAAAUUGUGGCUUCUGCUAUAGUUCCAAUGAAAAUAACAUGAACGCCACAUGUCUACCAUCAGAUCCCAAACUCUGGCAAACAUCUGCAGUUGGGGCAUGUAAUUCCACAACGGCGAUGCAAACAGCAUCUCUAAAAUGGGUCAUAGAUUAUUGUCCUGUCUCAUUCUCCUGGGUGGCUGUGGUUGGAUUGGCUUUUUUCCUUGUCUUCUAUGCACCAACAAUGGGACCCUUACCAUGGACCAUUAAUGCUGAGAUUUAUCCAUUAUGGGCCCGUAGCACAGGAAAUGGUUUAGCAGCUGCCACCUGCUGGUUGUGCAAUCUAAUUAAUUCUGUAUCAUUUUUAUCCCUCAGUGAAGCCAUCAACAGCUAUGGUGUGUUUUAUCUGCUGAGCUUCAUGGCGGUCUCCGGAGCAUUGUUUUGUUACUUUCUCUUACCUGAAACGAAAGGAAAAUCACUUGAAGCAAUUGAAAUUCUAUUUAUGAAAGACAGAAAGAAGCUAGGCAAUGACGAACAGCAGGAUUUAAACGAUCAAUAUUGAUUUCUCUGUCAUUUUAUUUUUAGCCAUCACCCAUCUGUCUAACCAUCUGCCCAUCUAUCUUUCUUAUCCACCUACCCAUCUACCUAUCUAUUUUAGCCAUCUGCUUGUGCACCAAUCUACAGAUGUGUCAAUUUAUACAAUUAUCUCGUUAGCUGGUUCAUUGCUUGUACAAGCUAAUUAUGUCCUAUCCACUCCAAUCUGCUAUCCUCUUAAUUGUAUUACCUACCUCACUUGAUCAGAUCUCCAUUCACAUUUUUUAUCACCUUCGUCCGAUAUCAAUCAAUCUCCACUCCCAUCAUCUGUCAGUUUAUUUCAACAUACGUCAGUCUCCACAGUUAUCCUCUAUCAUCUUAGUUCAACCUCAAUCAAUAUCGGUCCAUUUCGGUUUUUUUCCAAAUUAUCAUUUGUUUUAAUCGUUAUCCUGCUUCUCACAACAGAAUUAUUUGCAAGAAAGAAUUUGUUUUUUUUUUUCACAAAUAAUAUUAAAAAAAUGAAAAAGUGGGGAAAUACUAAAAUACCUUAUUUUUCUUUUCUCUGUUCCUGCUGUCAAUAAUUUUGCCCUUUGUCCUUCUUAAGAGGAUAAAAUAUCUACAAGUUACAGUCAUUUGAGUCUAUCCAACGAACUUCCCCUCUUCCUUUGUCCAAAAUAUGGUAACUUCUGCCAAUGUCAGAGAUAAUUUUUUCUCCCAAUCUUUCGAGGAAUUUCAAAUGAGAAUCCCGGAAAUGUUUUUGUUUUUUCGUUUUUUUUUUGUCUUUUUUUGUUGUUGUUAAAUUGUAUGUUUUAAGUUUCCUGAGAAAAGUUUUCGCAAAUUUUUUUCCGGGGAGUGAUGCUUCAAAAUAAUUAUAAAUAAAUAGCUAAUUACUUAUAGUAAUUAACUUUAAGAACAUUUCAUUUGUUUUCGAGUCAUUGAGAAUUGGGGUGGGGUUGUUGUUUUUUUUGUUGGGUUUUUUUAAGUAAAAGAAAAAGGUAAAAAAAAAAAAGUGGGAGAAAUUUGACAAAUAAAAGAUGGAUUUUUAACAAAAAAUAUUUUACUUUUUAUUAAAAGAACAUUUUUCAAACAAGAAGCAAUAAUGAAAUAAUAAAAAAAUAAUAAAAACUUUGCCUCUCCUUUGCCAUGAAACACCCAUAGGACUCUUUUACAGAA